AUGGUCCUGGGCUUUUUGAUCCGGGGCUUGGAGGUUUGGCUCACUCUCCGACUCCUCCGAAGCCCUAUAUUUCACCGUAUGGUUGGUCGAGUUCACCAAAGGGUUCAAUACCACAGACAUGGAGUUCCCCUCCCUCCGAAGACUCCGAAGGAAGAACUUGGAGGAUCACACCACGAAGCGGAUGGCUUUGACUUCAAGAAGUUCUUUGGCCAUUUCAAAGAAGAAUUCAAAGACCAACUGAACGGACGCACGAAGAAUAAAUAUUGA